CACACUAAAAAGAUGCAAUCAUUCACUCCCAUCAUUCUCUUCUUCAUCACUUCUUCACUACCGCUUCUCGCUUCCUCCACCACCGUCCCUUCAUUCCCUCUUCAACCUGACACCCAAAUCUGCCACCUCGACCUCUCCGACGAACUCUUCGGCGGCGUCAACCAAGCCUGCGCCGGCGACACCCUCGACCGCAGCCGCUGCUGCCCUGUUCUCGCCGCCUGGCUCUUCGCCGCUCACGCCAGGUCCGCUCUCGAGCUUCCCCCCUCUCCUCCUCCGGCCUCGGCCGGAGACCUACCCAUGAUGCCGGACGACGACUCUCAGAAGUGCGUGGAGACGCUGCAGGAGUCACUGAAGAACAGGAGCGUGUUGAUUCCGCAACCAAACGCGAGUUGCGACGCCAUAACGUGCUUCUGCGGUAUCAGGCUUCACCGGAUAAGCUCGUUGAGUUGCCCCGCGGCGUUUAACUUUUCCGGUGGAAGCAGUCACGGUGGUGGUCUUGUCCCUACCUCUGCUGUUGUCAACUUGGAGAAGAAUUGCCAAAACUCUUCCUACGCUGGUUGCACCAAAUGCCUUUCUUCCCUUCAAAAGUUAAAAGGGAAGAAUAAGGAGAAGGAUGAGAGGGGGCGGAAGAUGUUGAAGCGAGACUGCCAGCUAAUGGGUCUGACGUGGCUGCUGAGGAAGAACAAAACCGCAUACAUACCAACGGUGUCUGCGGUGUUGCGCGCCAUCAUGUACAGUGCUCAUCCGCACCAAUCAAAAUGCAGCCCUGAUCAGGAAAACAUGCCCUUGGCCGUUGAUUCCCUCCAACUAGAAAAGGACCACGCCUCAUAUCACCCCGUGAAACUAUUUUGGAUACUCGUACUUAAUAUUGUUGUAACCAUCGUCCUCAUUAUCUCAGUUUGAAAUCAACGCUUUCAGGUUCUCGUCCCGUGAAGC